UGGCGUGUGAAUUUUGUUUUCAUUUGUUUAUUCAAAUAAACACUUAAAAGUCAUGGAUAUUACACUAGUUUGCCGGAUUUGCGCAAAUAAAAUAAAGGACAAGAAGCGCGAGAGACAUGUGUUCAAAUACAUGCGUGGAAAGCUGCUGUGCCAACUGAAAAUGAUAACUGGAGUCGAGCUGUCUACAGAUGAAGGCUUGCCGGAGUUUGUCUGCGAGCGGUGCUUCUCCGAACUGGAUCUGGCUGUGAAGUUUCGCGAGCGUUGCAUCUUCUCACAAAAGUACUUGCUGGAGAUGGUCAAGAAGACCACAGAGGAGGAGCGCAAGAAGUACGUGCCAACGGAGCUGCAUGAACAAUUGAUUGACGCGGACCAGCUGGAGCCACCCAUUGAGGAUGAUGAACUUUUCAUGGGCUUCGUCAGAGACGAUGACGACGAGUUCACUUCCGAAGAGGACCCCCAGGCGGCGAUGCUCGUCGCAGCGGAAGAGGCGCACAAGGCUGCGAUAAAGGAAGAGCAGAUGAAUCGCGCAGCGAAGCGAUGCCGUAACUUCUUCAUAUGUGAGCAAUGCGGCCAGUUCUACGAUGACGAAUACUCGUACAACGAGCACUUGGAUGCGCACCAGGAGCGCAAGGAAAUGAAAAUGUUCUUUCCAUGUACCGAAUGCCCCGAAACCUUUACCAAGAAGGCUGAUUUGAAGCAGCAUCGCACGCAGUCCCAUAAUGGCCAGCGGCAAUUCAAGUGCGCGACUUGUGGCGAAGUCUUCGUUUCAAUGGGCGCCAAGCUACGCCAUGAAAAAGCCCAUGAGAAUGAACGCCCUUAUCCCUGUCUGCAGUGCGGAAAGAUAUUCACCAGUGUCUCGGAACUAAGUGAUCAUCAUGCCACCCACACGGCCACCAAAAUGAAAUUCAAGUGUGAGCCUUGCCGCAAGGAUUUCAUGACCAAGCCGCUCCUGGUGGCACACACCAAAACGAAGAGCCACAAGCGCACUCUGCAACGAAUUGAGGAUGAAAUUGAAUUUAUAAGUGACUUUGACAGUGAUUAACCUACAAACCAUUUGAUUAUGGAUUUACAAGAGCUGAGAUCUUCCAGCAUGAUUUUUCAUGGAAUAAUUAUAGUUUAGAGCUCUACUUGUAAUUAACAGAAAACUGAAUAUUCCUGAAAAGCA